CGCGCAGAGCUGUUGCCGGAUGAGAGUCGAGCGCGUGUGCGUGUGCGCUUAUAUUCAGUCAUUAUUCUGUUCAGCAUCUGAUUAUUAAAUCUGUCAUUAGAGUGAUUGAUUGAUUGACAUGUCAGUGCUGGAGGAGUACGAGCGCGCGCCCAAGCGUCUGAAGCAGUGUGCGGAGGAUGAGGAGGAUCUGGAGGAGGGAGAGGAGUCUGACAUGGCUGAGGAAGAGGAUGAAGAGCGGAGCAGCAGCGCGAGGAGGAAGGAUAACAGCUCUGACACUCAUCGCAUCACUCCGUCGCCCGUCGUUCACGUUCGUGGACUCUGUGAUUCGGUGGUGGAAGCUGAUCUGGUCGAGGCCUUGGAAAAAUUUGGAAACAUCUGUUAUGUGAUGAUGAUGCCGUUCAAGCGUCAGGCACUGGUGGAGUUCAAGGACGUUCAGAACGCUGAUCGGUGCGUGGCGUGCGGCUCUCAGGAGGCUGUCUACAUCGCCGGUCAGCAGGCGUACUUCAACUACUCCACCAGCAAACGCAUCACGCGGCCCACCAACGCAGAUGACCCCAACAGCGGGAACAAAGUGCUGCUGCUCUCCAUCCAGAACCCACUCUAUCCCAUCACCACGGAUGUUUUGUACACCGUCUGUAAUCCGAUUGGAAGUGUGCUGCGGAUCGUCAUCUUCAAGAGGAACGGGAUCCAAGCCAUGGUGGAGUUUGAAUCCAUUCAGAACGCACAGAAGGCCAAAGCCGCUCUGAACGGCGCCGAUAUCUAUGCCGGCUGCUGCACGCUGAAAAUCGAAUACGCUCGGCCCUCACGACUCAACGUCAUCCGAAACGACAACGACAGCUGGGACUACACCAAACCAUUCCUGCUGCGACGAGAGCGUGGUAAAGGACGACAGCGUCAGGCUAUACUGGGUGAACACCCGUCCUCUUACAGCGACAGCGCCUACGGGUCUCACUGCCCCCUGCUGCCUCUGCCCAGUAACACCCGUUUCAAGCGCAGCUCUCAUGACGUGCCCGAGGUGGUGGCAUAUCCGCUGCCUCAGACAUCAUCAUACAUGAGCCACACCUCCAGCUCUGUUGCCAUGGUGAGCGGCCUCCACACCACUAAGAUGAACUGCACUCGCAUCUUCAACCUCUUCUGUCUCUACGGCAACAUCGAGAAGGUGAAGUUUAUGAAGAGUGUUCCAGGUACAGCUCUGGUGGAGAUGGGGGAUGAGUAUGCGGUGGACCGAGCGAUCACACACCUCAACAGCAUCAAGAUCUUCAGUAAACGACUCAACGUCUGUGUGUCGAAGCAGCACGCUGUGAUCCCCAGUCAGGUGUUUGAGUUGGAGGAUGGUUCCAGCAGCUACAAGGACUUCGCCAUGACACGUAACAAUCGCUUCACCAGCGCCGGUCAGGCCUCCAAAAACAUCAUCCAACCUCCGUCAUGCGUGCUGCACUUCUACAACGUCCCGCCCUGCAUCACUGAAGACGACCUGCAGCGACUAUGCACAGAACACGACGUCCCGGGAUUCAUCAAAUACAAAGUGUUUGACGCCAAACCGAGUUCUAAAACCAUCUCUGGAUUACUGGAGUUUGACAGUAAAACUCACGCUGUUGAAGUUCUGACGAUCCUCAAUCACUAUCAGAUCCGAAUACCCAAUGGUUCAAACCCGUACACACUGAAGCUCUGCUUCUCCACCUCAUCACACCUCUGAGAGCAACGAUUGAACACACAUACACGUCACGUCAGAGCGCGCUUUACAGACACGAGUGCACCAACGGACAGCGAUAUUGACAUCAACACCAACAGUCAUUCUCUUGUAUUCUUCAAAACUCUUCUUAUCUUUAGUUCUUUUUCUGUCAUCUUGUUUUUUUGAGUAAACAUUUUUAACACUGGUAAAACCAGAAAGCUGAAACAUACACACACACUCUCUCUCUGUGGAUAUGAAACACAAUGAUGUCACGGACGCCACGGCAACCAAAGAAAGAGCAAUUGAAUGACGUGUCGUUAAGUGUAUUUGCUUUUUUGCAAGUCUUCAUUACUGACCUGGCAAUCUAUGAAAACAAAAUGUUCAUUUCUAAACUUGAGAAACUGGCAAAAGCAAUUAGUGAAUGAUUUAUGAUGAUGAAGCUGAAGUAACUUUGAGUUUAGUCUUUGAACUAAGUCUUGUGUGUGUGUGUGUGUGUACGGAGAGGACAACACCUGCACGAGUGAUGUGUUUAUAGCGUGUGUAUUAUUUAUGUGUACAGUGUCAGGGGUUUAAUAACUGAACUAGUCACAUGACCUGUAGUUUGUCUGUCAUGGGUUGGUUAUGGAUGAAUUAGACGAGUGUUAGAUGAUUAGAUCAGUUUACUCCAUGUGUCAGUGUAUUAGUGGACGAUUACGAACAAUCAAUAAAGAUACAUCAGAUUCACAGGAUGCAUCUCUAAAAUACACAUUCAGUUCAAAAUUCAGUUCGGACACACAGUUCUCUAAUGAAAGAGUGAUAAUUGCACUCUAGUACUGAAAUGACUCUGAAUUUGUUGAGCGAGUUUGACUGAUGUGUGUUUAUAUGGACGGAACCAUUGACAUACAUGUGGCCAAUAGAAUACCAGUCAAAAGUCUGGACACAUUUGAAUGAAUUUGUUUCUCAUGAUCAUGAAAAUCUUAUGAUAUAAAAUCUUAUGAUAUAAAAUCUUAUGCUUAAAUGCUUUUGUAACAAUUGUUGUAUGGUUUUUGCAGACAUACAAGGAACAUUUUCUGAUUUUGAGUUUUCUCGAAAACCAUUGUAGCGAUGGAAAUUAAAUAAAAAAUCGACAUUUUA